CAUGGGAAAACCUUUCUGACAUCACGAUUGUGUAAAAAUAGAAAAGUUUGUAUUGAUAUUCGGAAGGGAAUCCCAGAAGAGCAAUCCGACAAAAAUCGCAAUCAUCGGUGUUUAAAACGAAGGAUCAACUCCUUUUUCCUGCUGAAAAUCUGGGCAGCUCAUGAAUACGCAGCCCAGGAGAGUUCCCCCAGGGGAGUCCCAGUAUCCCAGAGUUAUCGCCCCUUCAGCUCAACAGCGAUUUGACAUACCUGUGGGAGCAGCGGAAAACUUGGCGCAAAUUCAGUUUCCUAUGCACAGCUUCCCGACUACACAGUCACAUGUUCAUUCAAGCGGAAUGCAUCACCAGCCGAAUCCAGCAUUGUCCGGUCACCAUGGCCCACCUACAGGUCAAGGGUCAACCCAGCCCUCCAUCCAGCAAGCACACUCCCAGGGGCAACCCCCGCAGGCCCACUCGGCUACCACCCAGGGUCAGCAACAGCAGCAGUUCCAGAGACUGAAGGUGGAGGACGCCUUGUCAUACCUCGACCAAGUCAAGCUACAGUUCGGGAACCAGCCCCAGGUCUACAAUGACUUCCUGGACAUCAUGAAGGAGUUCAAGUCACAAACAAUCGACACCCCAGGAGUUAUUAAUCGAGUGUCCAACUUGUUCAAAGGUCACCCUGACCUGAUUGUGGGAUUUAACACGUUCCUCCCUCCGGGGUACAAGAUCGAGGUCCAGGCUAACGAAAUCAGCGUCCACCAGCCGGGUCAACAGACCCUGUGUAUCCCAACAAAUACCCCAAUUAUGCUGCCCUCCGCCACACCAAUGCCUGGGCAUAAGUUAGACAUGUUCUCCCUGCCCCAGAAGACGACCCCACCCCCGGCCCACAUGCCUAGCACCCCCACCCAUGGAUCGUCCCACCACUCCUACCAUCAGUCGCCCCACCGCGGGGGAUCUGAGCCGAUGGGGGCCACCAACCAGAGCCACCAACCCCAGCCCCAGCAGCCCCAGGCCGGGCAGCCAGUGGAGUUCAACCAUGCCAUCAACUACGUCAACAAAAUCAAGAAUCGAUUCCAAGGCCAGCCAGAGAUCUAUAAAGCGUUCCUGGAGAUUCUACACACCUACCAGAAGGAACAACGGAACCUUAAAGAAGGCAUUGUCUCCCCUGGCUGUAAGCCCCUGACUGAGGCCGAGGUCUACUCCCAGGUGGCAAAGCUGUUCCAGAACCAGGAGGACCUACUGGCCGAGUUUGGUCAGUUCCUGCCCGACGCCAAUGGGUCGUCUUACGGAGGAUAUCUGAACAUGUUGCAGACUGACAGUUCCUCCCUGGGAGUCAGAAAUGACCACUCCUCUACCGUCAAGAAACCCUCACUGGGCAACAAAAGUCAGAUGGGGAAGAGUGGAAAUCAGCACAGACGACCCUCAGGCGGGCCUCAACCCCCUCAGAAGAAACAGAGAACGGGAACCUUGAAAGACAUCUCUCUUGCUGAGGCCGGAAGAUAUGGCACUCUGAACGAGUUUGCCUUCUUUGACAAAGUGAGGAAGUUUCUGAAGCACCCUGAGGUUUACGAGAAUUUCCUGCGAUGUCUGGUUCUGUUUAACCAGGAGGUUAUUUCCCGUACAGAACUGGUUCAGCUCGUCCAGACCUUCCUACAGAGGUCCCCUGAGUUGUACAAGUGGUUCAAGGAUUUCCUGGGAUACAAGGAGUCGGGUGGUACCACAGAGGCGGUACCUCAAGGUGCCCUGGGGAAGGAGAGGGUCAGCGGGGAGCUGGCUAUGGAAAUAGACUAUGCCACCUGUAAGAGGUACGGAGCCAGUUACAGAGCACUGCCCAAGUCCUACCCCCAGCCCAAGUGUUCAGGGCGGACCCCACUGUGUAGAGAGGUACUGAACGACACCUGGGUCUCUUUCCCUUCCUGGUCCGAGGAUUCCACGUUUGUCACAUCACGGAAAACGCAGUACGAGGAACACAUCUACCGCUGUGAGGACGAGAGGUUUGAGCUGGAUGUUGUCGUGGAGACAAACCUGGCCACUAUUCGUUGCCUGGAGGCAGUGCAGAAGAAAAUGAGUCGCAUGAGCUCGGAGGAAGCUGCUAAAUUCCGAUUGGACAACUCCUUGGGCGGGUCAUCUGAUGUUCUACAGAGGAAAUCCAUACAGAGAAUAUAUGGAGACAAAGCUCCUGACAUUAUUGACGGUCUGAAGAAGAACCCUGUUGUAGCAGUACCUCUAGUGCUGAGGAGGUUGAAGGCCAAGGAAGAAGAAUGGCGUGAAGCCCAGAGGAACUUCAACAAGAUUUGGAGAGAGCAGAAUGAGAAGUACUAUCUCAAGUCACUGGAUCACCAGGGAAUUAACUUCAAACAAAACGAUGUCAAGGCCAUCCGAUCUAAAGGACUCCUCAAUGAGAUAGAGACUAUAUAUGAUGAGCGGUCAGAGCAGGAGACAGAGAGUGCUGAAGCAUUUAACCCUCACCUGAGUUAUGUGUACAAGGACAGGUCUGUCAUCGAGGACGCAGCCUCCCUCAUCCUACAUCACAUGAAGAGACAAGCCGGAAUUCACAAAGAUGACAAACAUAAGAUCAAGCUGUUGUUACGUCAGCUGAUACCUGAUCUGUUCUUUAUGCCACGACAGGAAAUGAGUGACGAUGAGGAAGAAGAUGACAUGGAUGUUGAUGAUGCAGACAAGGAAAUGCCAAAAGCAGAAGAAAAGAAAGAACUGGAGAAGGACAGAUCUUCAAAUUCAGGGAAAAAUGGAAAGGAGAGUGAAGAGGUGAAGGUCAAAGAGGAGAAGGUCGACCCUGAGAUAAAAAUGGAGGAAGAAGACGAGAGUAAGUCUGCAGACUCCGCUGUUGUCAACGGCGACCAGGAGGAAAACACCAACGACGAAGAUAUGGAGGAUGAUGACGUUUAUUCCCUGUUCUUUGUCAACAAUAACUGGUAUCUGUUUUUCCGCCUCCAUCAAAUUCUGUGUGAACGCCUGUACAAGAUAUACACAUAUUCUGUUAAAAUUGCCGCAGAGGAGGCGCAGUGUAGAAAAGACAGAAAAGAAUCUACUGCAGUGGCCCUCAGACUCAAAGCUCCAAGCGAGAUUGAACCAGAGGAGUACUAUCCAUACUUCCUGGAGAUGGUGAAGAGUUUGCUGGACGGGAACCUAGAAUCUACACAGUACGAGGACCAGCUAAGAGAGAUGUACGGUAUCCAUGCCUACAUCGCCUUCACCAUGGAGAAGUUGGUACAGAACCUUGUCAGACAGGUGAGGGGACAAGUUUUAAUUUGGAAACGUGUGUCUGUGUACUUUG